UUAUGUAGGAUUGCUCCACGGACGCACGGAGAGUGGAGACGCCAUUCGCUCGGUUGACGCGCGUGAAGGAUAUUGUGUUGUUAUUAGUUAAUUUGUAAAAUAUAUAUCUGCACAAAGUAUACAAUAUAUCUAACAAAAUAUGGCGGCAAAGUUUAAAUCUGAAAAAGUUGGGAUAGUGGGCAGUGGUUUGAUCGGUAGAUCCUGGGCGAUGCUUUUCGCCUCAGUUGGUUACCAGGUGACGAUUUUUGACAUCGUACCUAAGCAAGUCACGGACGCACUUGAAGACAUCAAAGUGCAGCUGAAAACGUUGGAGAAGGAUGACCUGCUGCGUGGCAAACUUAAUGCAGAUGAGCAGAUUCAGUGCAUUAAAGGAACGACAGAUUUGGCAACGGCAGUAAAGGACGCAAUUUUUGUCCAAGAAUGUGUACCAGAGAAUCUUGAGUUAAAGAAGAAAGUAUUCCAAGAUUUAGAUAAAGUCGUAGGCGAUAACACCAUACUUUCCAGCUCGACUUCUACUACAUUACCAUCCUUAUUUUCAGACGGAUUAAAGCAUAAAGCACAGGUUGUCGUUUCACAUCCAGUCAAUCCUCCUUAUUACGUGCCAUUAGUGGAAAUAGUACCAGCCCCAUGGACGAAACCAGAAGUAGCCAAGAAGACAAGAGAAAUCAUGCUAGAGAUCGGACAGGAACCGGUUUCACUAUCGAGAGAGAUCGACGGCUUCGUGCUCAAUCGCAUUCAGUACGCAAUUCUGAACGAAGUAUGGCGUCUCGUGGAUGAUGGCAUCGUCGACGUGAAAGAUGUGGACAAAGUUAUGUCUGAAGGCUUGGGGAUGCGGUAUGCGUUCCUUGGCUCGCUAGAAACCGCGCAUUUGAACGCUGAAGGCAUGAAAAGCUAUAUCGAAAGGUAUGGAGAUACCAUAUACAACGUGAGUGAAAAAUUCGGCAAAAAUCCUCGCAUGACCACAUCUAAAAGCGCAGACACGGUGUGCCAACAACUGAAUGAGAUGGUGCCGCUGGAUCAGCUGCAAAAACGUCGGGCCUGGCGCGACGCCUGCCUCACGCGACUCUCAAUCCUCAAGAAAGAAAUGAAGGCUAAAUAUUAGUCUAGUCCAACUUUGUGAAUUUAAACUCGAAAGGUCCCUACUGCCUACACUGACUACCUGCCUACCUACGUUUUAAGACCGUGAAAAACUAAAAAAUACCUUUAAAAUUCAAAAUACAGAACACAUCGCUCGGGGGUUAAAAAUACGGAACCGUCAGUGAGCGUAGAAUAUAGGUACUACCAAGGUAUCUACUAUCUAGUUAGUAAGUUUAUCUUGGAGAAAUUUUAUUACACGGUGUUAAAUCACGUCUUAUUUAAUUCAAUGGGUGGUAACCAUUGUAGUACCAGUAGUAUAAAAAAAUAUUAUUAACUACCUAUUCAUAAUAUAAUUUUGUAUCAUAUUUUUUAAAUUAACUGUUAAAUAUACAUACUUUUAUUUAUGUUAUUUAAUGAAAUGUUAAGUUAUCUACUUACCUUUAUAAUAUCUUGCUGAACCUAUAAUAGGUAAUUUAUAUUUUCUUGGAACAAAAAUAUGAAUAAAAAAUAUUUGAAUAAAAAGAUCUGUUGGCGUAAGUAAAAAGGCCGUUUGAGUACUGGU